AGAUACUCCUGCAGAUAGUAUGUAACAAGGUACGACCUGUAGAAAAAAGGAAGUUCAAGAAAACGGGAGCUCCUACCUUCCGGUGCACAACGAGAUCGACCACCUCCAUCUCCAUCUCUAACAAAUUCAAAACAAUGGCGACAAAAUAUGUGAAGGCCAAUAAUGAUUCAUACAAUCCCCCUUCCAUCCACCUACACAGCAUCAACUCCACAAUCCAAAACUCCGAAGAACAAGGAGGAGCGGGAGGAAGAAGCAGCUCCAAUAGCUUCCCCCAUUGGUACUCGCCGGAAACAGGGAUAUACAGAAGCAAGCACCCUUCCGUACAACUUCCGACCGACCCAUUUCUCGACGUAGUCUCCUUCAUCUUCUCCCAUAAACACGGCAGCGCAUCUUCUCUGGUCGAUUCACAAUCUGGGUUUUCAAUUUCCUACCCGGAGCUCUACUCUCUGGUCAACUCCAUGGCCGGCGGUCUCCACAAAAUGGGCGUUUCGCAAGGCGAUGCCGUCUUGAUCUUGCUUCCCAAUUCCAUUCAUUUCCCGGUGAUCGUUCUGAGUGUUCUGAGUCUAGGAGCAAUAGUGGUCCCCAUGAAUCCUCUGAGCACUCUGUUUGAGGUAAAGAAGCAAGCUUUAGACGGUAUGAGUAAUAUCUCUCUGGCAUUCUCUUCCAUCGAUAGGGUUGAAGAAUUCAGUGCAUUGGGUAUCCCGGUGAUUGGGCUGCCGGAAAGUUCAAAUCUUGAUUUUCCGGCAGGCUCUGUUUUCGGUGAUUUGAUUCGCAGCGAUUCGCAGACGGCCUAUAAGCCAAGAAUCAAGCAGGAAGACACCGCAGCGAUUCUGUUCUCAUCUGGAACGACGGGGGCUUGCAAGGGAGUGGUGUUGACUCAUCGGAAUUUCAUAGCAACGGUAGAACUGUUCUUGAGGUUUGAAGCUUCUCAGUACGAGUUUGAUACCAGAAAGAAUGUGUACUUGGAUGUUGUGCCGAUGUUUCAUGUGUACGGACUUUCUAUGUUCGUGAUGGGGUUGUUCUCGUUGGGCUCCACGGUGGUUGUGAUGAGAAGGUACGACGGCGAUGAAGUGGUGAGAGUCAUUGAGAGAUUUGGGGUCACCCAUUUUCCGGUCGCGCCGCCACUGUUGAGAACAUUGACGCUAAAAGCCAAGGCGGCGGCGGCGGGUGGUAAUAACAGAGUAGUGAUGAAGAGUAUGAAGCAGGUCUCAUGUGGGGCCGCCCCCACAAGUUUAGCCUGGAUUCAAGACUUUGUUCAAACACUGCCCCAUAUUGAUUUCAUCCAGGGUUAUGGCAUGACAGAGUCUGCAGUUGCAACGCGAGGUUAUAACACUGCAAAACUUCGUAAUCAUUCUUCGGUAGGACUUUUGGCUCCAAAUAUGGAAGCCAAAGUGGUAGAUUGGAAUACUACUUUACCUUCACCUCCCAAUUGCAUGGGUGAGCUUUGGCUAAGGGGGCCUUCUAUCAUGAAAGGGUACUGGAAUAACAUUGAGGCAACGAAAAGUACAGUAGAUGAUGAAGGGUGGUUGCAUACAGGUGACAUUGUCUAUUUUGAUCGAGAAGGGUACCUCUAUGUUAUUGACCGGUUAAAAGAGAUUAUUAAAUACAAAGGCUUCCAGAUCGCUCCUGCCGAUUUGGAAGCAGUGUUAAUUUCUCACCCAGAUAUUAUUGAUGCUGCAGUAACCUCAGCCAGGGAGGAAGAAGUGGGAGAGAUUCCAGUGGCAUUUGUGGUCAAGAGGGACAACAGUGAACUAUCUCAAGCAGAUGUAAUUGCUUUUGUAGCUAAACAGGUUGCACCAUACAAAAAGGUUAGGCGAGUCUACUUCACAACAUCAAUACCUAAAUCUCCAGCAGGAAAGAUUCUCAGAAAGGAGAUGAGGACUUCAAAAUUGUAGACCUUAUUUGUCACUCCAACUAACUUUCCAUUUUUUGCUGUUAUAUCCCUUCAAAAUUGAAAAUGUACCAAUAAUUAGUUUAUACAUUCCUUUUAAAAUCUUCUAAUGACCAACAUGGCAACAUAUGGUUAAAGUAAAGGUAGAAAAUGUCACAUUCAAUCAGAAAUGACACUUACAAGAAAUGUAGUGAUCAUGGUUUUGUUUAAUUGAAUAUUAUUACACUUGAGUUUUUAUAUGUAUAGCAACUGUACUCAAACUUUUUUCCUUAAGUUUUUUAAUAUAAC